GCUGCCGGCAUUCUCAUUUUUCUUAAUUGCUGAAUAAUCUACUUGCGCUUCACCAAGGUUGGCCAAAACUCGACUGUCCGGCCACUUACAUUUUUCAGACUUACGUUUUCCAUAGUAAAAUAGAUAAUGAAUCUUGUUAAUUUUGAAUAAAUUACAAUUGAAGCUGUUUUUACGUACAUUACUCAACAUCCACAGUAUUAUUCCCACUUCUGGUGUUUGCCUGUAUUGUUUACCCACUUUUAUUAAUUCAGAUUGUAAUCUCUUAUGAUCUUUGUAAUAAGUUGUUCACUAACAAGUUUUUGUUUUUCUUUAAUUUGAACCUCCGUAAUCGCUUCCCAUCAGCUGUCGAGGUUUUUCACCUACUUAUAGAUAGAUAGAUAGAUAGAUAGAUAGAUACUAUAUUAAUCCCAUGGGGAAAUUCAACGCAUUCACUUGCCUUCAGAGGAAGAAAAAUCUGUCCUUCUCAGACUCCUUUGUAUCUGCAUUACACUUCUUAAAAAAAUCUUUUGUAAUGUUUGCAAGAUCGUGCACCUUAAACAAGAAACAAGACGCAUUUUCCUAUAUUCCUCUUGAUCAAAUGAACCGCUAAGGCUAUGUCUUGUAUAUCAUUCACUUUGGCACUACCGUUUUGAAAAUUCUCGCGCAUAAUUAUUAUGUCCACAUUUCAAACCCUGACAGUUGUAAUUAUGAUCAUAACAUCUAUGCAUCCACUGCUGCACUAUUUCGUAAUUCUAACCUUAGCAAUAAGACAGUACAUCAGCUGUCACAAAACUGGCCAAAAUCCACAAGCCACAACAACACCUCAUAUACCAUACCGAAAUACCUGCCUGUAUAUGCACAGACAAUAGCAUUGCGAAAAAGCACUGACUUCCAAAGCCUUCUUUCGGAAUCUCCCCACUCCAGGUUUUUUUAGAGGUGUUUGGUGUCUGUGUAAGGGAGAGGGGAUAUAAGUGCGUGCGCGCGGGGGCACAUGUGUAUGUGUGUGUCUGAGAGAGGUCGACCCUAUUUUGGGUCAGUGAGAAAGUGUCGAUGGCUGCAGAUGCUUCUCGGAGGAAGGCACUGCACUAUCAGCAGACUCUGCUGUAUGGACAGUACACUGAGCACCUUGGCAGCUUUGCAAAGAAGGAAGCCACUCGUCUGCUGAAGGAAGGAGAAUGGAAGAAACCUGGCAAGACAUUGCCCAAAGAAACCUUCACCCCUGAAGUCAAGAAGCAAAGACCUUAUUCAAAAUGUCAAGACUGUGCUGUUCGUCUGCAGCGGUACAUUGUGACCAAGUUAGGAGAAGACUGGAUCUUCUUGGUCCUACUUGGUCUCACAAUGGCACUAGUAAGCUGGAGCAUGGAUUAUGCCAGUGCAAAGAGUUUGCAAGCAUACAAAUGGAUGUUCAGGGAACUUAAGGACAAUGUCUUGCUACAGUAUCUGGCCUGGGUAACCUACCCUGUGGUCCUCAUCAUCUUCUCCUCUGUUUUCUGUCACCUUGUUUCUCCACAAGCAAUUGCCUUUUAUUUCCUGACCAGUUUUUUUCUUGUUCUUUCUGGCUUUUGGUUUUCCCCCAUUUCUGUUCUUGUGUGUAAUUGUAUGUCUCCACUCCCUGCUUUUCUUCUGUCUCACACCAUUUCACAUUUCUUCUUUUUCUUCUUCUUUUCCCUUCUCUCUUUUAAACUCCCCAUUUCCAUCCUAAUUCCUGUGUUUCUCCAUUUUUUUUCUCUGUCAUCCUCCAUCUCAUUUUUUUUUUUUGCCUGUCUCCUGCUCUUACUCUGUCCCGCAAUGUCUCUUCCUUUUCAAGGUUCUGGAAUCCCAGAGAUGAAGACCAUCCUCCGUGGAGUUGUACUAAAGGAAUAUCUUACCCUGAAGGCCUUCGUUGCUAAAGUCAUUGGCCUCACUGCUAGCCUGGGUAGUGGAAUGCCUUUAGGGAAAGAGGGCCCAUUUGUCCACAUUGCGAGCAUCUGUGCAGCUGUACUCAGUAAAGUGAUGUCUAUCUUCAGUGAUGUUUACAAGCACCCGUAUUGCUACACAGACAUUCUCACCGUAGGCUGUGCAGUGGGUGUUGGCUGCUGUUUCGGGACUCCACUUGGAGGUGUCCUUUUCAGCAUUGAAGUGACAUCCACAUACUUUGCUGUCAGAAAUUAUUGGCGUGGAUUUUUUGCGGCCACAUUCAGUGCUUUCAUCUUUCGAGUGCUGGCAGUGUGGAACAAAGAUGCUGUUACUAUAACAGCCCUGUUUCGAACUAAUUUCCGCAUGGAAUUCCCAUUUGACCUGCAGGAGCUCCCAGCCUUUGCAGUCAUUGGCAUUUCCUGUGGGUUCCUUGGUGCCUUCUUUGUCUACCUUAACCGACAAGUUGUUUUGUUCAUUCGACGACAGACCGUGCUAACAAAAUUUCUUAGCAAACACCGACUAAUUUAUCCUGGAAUUGUUACCUUUGUAAUAUCCACUUUGACUUUUCCUCCUGGUUUUGGUCAAUUUAUGGCUGGAGAGCUAAUGCCUCGGGAAGCUAUUAGCUCUCUUUUUGACAACUACACAUGGACGAAGCACACUGACACACCCCACUUAUUAGGACGUUCCUCAGUUUGGAUACACCCUAAAAUAAGUGUCUUCCUUAUCCUGCUGCUCUUUUUUGUGAUGAAGUUUUGGAUGUCUGCUGUCUCAACAACAAUGCCAAUUCCCUGUGGAGCAUUUAUGCCAGUCUUCAUUCUAGGAGCCUCAUUUGGCAGACUGGUUGGUGAGAUAAUGGCCACAUUGUUUCCCAGUGGAAUUCUUUUCGAUGGAAUAGUCUAUCGAAUAUUACCUGGAGGCUAUGCAGUGAUUGGAGCUGCAGCGAUGACUGGUGCUGUCACUCACACUGUAUCCACGGCGGUUAUCUGCUUUGAGCUGACUGGUCAGAUUUCACAUAUUCUGCCCAUGAUGGUUGCUGUAAUUUUGGCCAACAUGGUGGCACAAGGCCUUCAGCCAUCACUCUAUGACUCUAUCAUUCAGGUUAAGAAACUACCUUACCUACCUGAAUUAGGGCUUGGACAUGUCAGUAAAUACAAUAUUUUUGUUGAGGAUAUCAUGGUGAAGGAUAUCAAGUAUUUAACGUUAAUGUCUUGCUACCGGGACGUGAAGAAUUUACUAGAGAAUUGUGCUUUGAAGAACAUCCCUGUAGUUGAUUCUGGAGAAUCAAUGAUCUUGCUGGGCUCUAUAGAACGGUCCGAACUUCAGUCAUUGCUCAAUUCACACCUGUCACCUGCCCGACGUCUCAGAGCUUACAGAGAGGGCUGCAGCAAAAUGGAAGCAUCGCCUUAUAAUGGUCAGACAGCAGGCCAAAGGUCACAGAACACGGAUAUUGCAACAGAUACAUCCUUCACCUAUGUUGAUGAAGAACUUGGAGAUGAAGCAGCAGAAAAGACCACUCCAGUGGUAGAAGAGCCAAAUGGUCCACUUCCAUCAACAAGGCAAGACCCACCUUACCAGGAGUCUUCUGGAAAAGGUCCUUUUCAGGCAGUGAGGAGGUCCAUUCAUGGAUUAUUUUUCUCUUCUGGGCACGUACCACCAGCAGAACAAUCUCAGGAGCCAAUUUCAUCUUUAGAAAACAUGACAGAAGAAGAGGUAAAGGCCUGGGAAGAACGUGAACUUAAAAAGCCAAUGAACUUUGAUAACUGCAGGAUUGACCCAUCCCCGUUUCAGCUUGUAGAGAGAACUUCACUACACAAGACUCACACAUUAUUCUCCUUGCUGGGGCUGAGCCAUGCCUAUGUAACUAGUAUUGGCAGACUGGUUGGAGUAGUUGCACUGAAAGAGCUUCAGAAGGCUAUUGAAGGAUCCACUCAAACAGGGGUUAGGCUACGUCCACCACUGGCCAGCUUUCGGGAUGGUCUUCGCCAAAGGGCACCAAAAACUGGCCAGAAUCUGCCACUUUGGGGUCAAUCAACAGAAGAUAAACAAGAUCAGGAAAUAGGAGUCAUGAGUCAUGAAAGUGAAAAUGUAGACUCUGCAGAGAAAACUCAUCAACCCCCUGGAUUGACAGAUGCUGGUCCUGAGCCUGAGGAGGUGGAAUUAAAAGGAGCAGAGAGCAUGUCAGAGGUUAUCCCUAGUUUGAGUGAUUCAGAUAAUGAUUAUGACGUUCUCUGAAUUAUUCAUAAAGAAGAAAACCCACUCACCAUUCAACCCCAAAUAAGGAGAUAGGACUCUGAUGAUUUUCUGCCAAGAAAAAGCAAGGAAAUUAUGUAAUGAAAUUAUAAUCUUAGUGUCUGGAUUAGGUUGAAGAAGCCUUCAAUAUCUCUCCAGAAUACACCUGAAAUGCAUAAAAUCACAUUCUUGAGUUUUUCUGGCAAUCUCUCCGUAAAUAAAGCUUGUCAGCAUCUGAGUGGAGUCUCCAUUGCUAUGAAUAAUUGUUUUUGUAAAUCAGUAAUUUGCUACUAAAGAGAAACACAGGAUUGUUUUUCAUUUCAUAGACUUCUUAAAACGAUUUUUUACAUAAAUAAAUAGCUACUGGAAGCACCUAAUUCUAAGGUUGAUUUCAAAGGCAAUUUGCAGAACUCAGAGCUUUUGACACUAUUCUGAAAUGACUCUUUAAUUCAUGUUUUAAACAGGGAUUUGUGAAGACUCCUUAAUGGUUUAUGCUCAUUUUGAGAUGAUGUCAUUUCUCAUUUUGUUAGUGCAGUUUGCAAUUUAUUCACUUUUUUGGAAAGUGCUAUGUUCUGAUAUCAGCAGAUGUACCGUAAAUGAACGAGUCUGGACUGGAUCCUGGACAUAAAACGUUACAGAGCUGAAGCCAAAGGCUAUGAAACUGAGCUUUAAAUUAUUCUUCUUUUAAUCUUAAAAAACAGAAAAAAAUCAUUAUGCAUUUGUGAUUCUCAUCAGUCAGGUGCAAUCAUUGAUUUAUGCUUGAACAGUUCUUUUCUUUUAUAUUUCCUUUAGGUGUAGCUAUAACCAAUGGAAAGCCUUAACACAUCUCUUAAGCUGUAGAAUGAACAAAAAUUUGUGUACAGAUUUUGUUAUAAAGAAUGAAUUGCUUGAAUCUCUACAAACUGACAUAUAUUUGGUUACAAUAUUAAUUUCCUUUAAUCAUCCAGUUACCCAUUUUAUAACAUUAAAUCUAUGCUUUUCUCAAGGAC